CAGUGAAUGUGAAAGAAUAAUAAAAUGGUGUACAUUCGUCCAUCAAAACCGGGCCACACAUUCGAAGCCAGAAAUUAAAUUAGAUAUCCACCAUUUUGUUUAUUUUUGCGAAAAUAAGUUUUAAGUCGAAUACGAAAGUGAAAUUUUGUACUUCGCCGUUAUAUCACGUCAAUUAUGUACUUCUGGCAAUGAUUAUAAGAUUAUGAACAUGCCAUUAGUGUACACUGCUAUCGAACCCUUGUGUUGAAAAUUGCAGACAUCGGCCGCGCCGCUAGUAAACACUCUUUGAAAAUUAACACCUUGCCCUCCAACAAAACUAAGAACCCGGGUGCGCAGGGUGCUCGAGUCGAUGAAAAGGUUCCGUUGAAUUUCGUUCAGCGAAUAUUUAACAAGUGCAAAGGGAGCAAUCCCGUGCCGUUAAAGGAAAUUUCUAAGAGUUGUGGGCGACAGUCCCCGGUGGCGCGCCCGGAUAACAUGAAUCACACGCCUGCACCUGACAGGCAGCAGCACGACCCCAAUGUAAACCAAGUCGAGGAGAUGGAAACGCAGGAAGUGGAAACUGUAGACACAGCUACAGACAAGAUUUGGGUUGAAGAUCUAAUGAAGGGACCUAAUGGUGGUGUUGUUAUGAAUGAUGUAAUGAAAAACCAGGAGACCUCAUCAUCUGACAUGCCUCUGGCAUGCUUGGAUGCCGAAAUGGAGGAUGACGAAGCACGUUCGGAAGCAACCUUCCGGUUCACAGUACAUAACUUCAGAAGCCUCAAGGACUCUGUACUAUCACCACCAUGCUACGUCCGGAAUCUGCCAUGGAAGAUCAUGGUUAUGCCUCGACAAGCCCCAUCACCUGAUCGCCAGCAACAGAAGUCUUUGGGCUUCUUCCUUCAGUGUAAUGGAGAGAGUGAAUCGUCAAGCUGGUCCUGCUAUGCAAUGGCUGAGCUUAGGCUCAUCUCUCACAAACCAGAGACUGAACCAUUUUAUAGAAAGAUUCAGCAUUUGUUUUAUAGCAAGGAGAAUGAUUGGGGUUUCUCUCACUUCAUGUCAUGGUCAGAUGUGUUGGACAGUGAGAAGGGUUACAUCAAGGACGAUGCGAUCACCCUUGAGGUGCACGUCACCGCGGAGGCUCCGCACGGUGUCUCCUGGGACUCGAAGAAGCACACAGGCUAUGUUGGUUUGAAAAACCAAGGCGCAACCUGUUAUAUGAAUUCUUUGUUACAAACUUUGUACUUUACAAAUCAAUUGAGAAAGGCAGUUUACAAAAUGCCCACGGAAUCUGAUGACUCGACAAGGUCCGUCGCCUUAGCACUGCAACGCGUGUUCUACGAAUUGCAGUUCUCGGAUAAACCUGUAGGCACUAAGAAACUUACAAAGAGUUUUGGAUGGGAGACCCUGGACUCCUUUAUGCAGCAUGAUGUACAAGAAUUUUUGAGGGUACUUCUGGAUAAGUUGGAAAGUAAGAUGAAAGGGACCUGUGUUGAAGGAACAGUACCAAGGUUGUUUGAAGGCAAAAUGACUUCAUACAUCAAAUGCAAGAAUGUCAAUGUCUCCAGCACCCGGGUUGAAACCUUCUAUGACAUACAACUUAAUAUAAAGGGAAAGAAAAAUAUUGACGAGUCAUUCAAAGACUACAUCAGCACGGAGACGCUUGACGGCGAGAACAAAUACGACGCGGGCGAGCACGGCCUGCAGGAGGCCGAAAAGGGAGUCAUCUUCGCGUCAUUCCCGCCAGUGCUGCAUUUGCACCUCAUGCGCUUCCAGUAUGAUCCUAUCACAGAUAGCUCCGUCAAAUUUAACGAUAGGUUUGAGUUCUACGAGCACAUAAACCUAGACGCGUACCUGCAAGAGAAGCCGGAGACGCCGGCUGACUACACGCUGCACGCCGUGCUGGUGCACUCGGGCGACAACCACGGAGGACACUAUGUCGUGUUCAUCAACCCCAAGGGCGACGGCAAGUGGUGUAAGUUCGACGACGACGUGGUGUCGCGCUGCACGAAGCAGGAGGCCAUCGAGUAUAACUACGGCGGCCACGACGAGGACAUGGCCCUGACCGUGCGCCACUGCACCAACGCGUACAUGUUGGUCUAUAUCAGGGACUCUCAGCUGAAGACUGUGUUACAAGAAGUAACUCAAGCAGACAUACCAACGGAACUCAGCGAGCGGCUUGCAGAGGAAAAGAGAAUCGAAACUAUACGUCGCAAGGAGCGCAACGAGGCGCAUCUCUACAUGAACGUCAACGUAGUUCUCGAGGAGGCAUUCGACGGUCAUCAAGGCAACGACCUAUAUGACCCGGAGCGCGCGCACUACCGUGUGUUCCGCGUCCGCAAACAAGCCACUGUCACGGAGCUUAUGGAGAUGUUGGCUGAGAACUUCCGGUAUCCGCAGAAGCAUUUACGCCCUUGGCCGUUCAGUGCGCGCUCUAAUCAAACUUGUCGACCAACUUGUCUGGACUUCAUGAAUGACCAGAAUAAGACAAUAGCAGACAUAUCAGAAAACAUGAACCCCUGGAACAUAUUCCUAGAGAUGUUACCCCCAGACUCCGGCUUCAGUACACUACCGCCAUUUGACAAGGAAAAUGACGUGGUUCUGUUCUUCAAGUUCUACGAUCCCAAACAGAAGCGCAUACACUAUUGUGGGCACCACUAUCUGCCCAUAGCCAGCAAGCCGGCCGACCUCAUACCAAUACUCAACAAACGUGCUGGCUUCCCGCCCGACACGCCUCUAGUUCUGUACGAAGAGAUCAAGCCGGACUUCGUGGAAAAGAUCAAUAACUAUAAUGAUCCUCUCGAAAAGGAAGAGCGGGGGCGGUCGCACGCUGCCGCCGCCCCUCGGGUUGAGUCGUGUGCACGCGGCCAGGUAUUGGACGAGCUGAUGGACGGCGACAUCAUCGUGUUCGAGCGGGCCGGCAACCGGCACGAGGAGCUGGAGCUGCCGACGUGCCAGGACUACUUCAAGUACAUCUUCUACAAGGUGGAGGUGCAGUUCGUGGACAAGACCGUGCCCAACGAUCCCGGAUUUACAAUGGAGUUGUCAAUGCAAAUGCGCUAUGAUCAAAUGGCGCGAGCGGUGGGACAAAGGCUAAAUGUGGAUCCUUUCUUAAUACAGUUCUUCAAAUGUCAAAAUUACAAAGACACUCCAGGCCUGCCUCUAAGGUACUCGUACGACGGAAUACUUAAGGAUUUGUUAGUGUACUGUAAACCAAAGUGCCCUAAGAAGUUGUUUUAUCAGAUUUUAUCUAUUAAAGUUAACGAAUUAGACAACAAGAAGCAAUUCAAAUGUUUAUGGGUGGGUCCGAAUUAUAAAGAAGACAAAGAAUUAAUUUUAUAUCCUAAUAAAGGUGGCAAAGUGGCAGAUAUAUUAGAAGAGGCAGCUAAGGUCGUGGAAAUGUCACCAGAUGGUUCCGGAAGAUUACGAAUCGUGGAAGUUUCAUGUCACAAAGUAUUACCGGGCCCGGAGCCCGAGCUCACGCUGGAUCAGGUGACCAUCUCUCCACCCCGGCUCUACAGAAUAGAGGAGAUACCGAGGGAUGAGCUCAAUCUAUCGGAGGACGAAAUCCUAGUGCCGUGCGCACACUUCCACAAGCAGGUGUACGCGACGUUUGGCAUUCCGUUCUACACGCGCGUCAAGCACCACGAGCCCUUCCAGGCGCUCAAGGAUCGCCUUCAGCAGAAGCUCGACAUACCAGACAAGGAGUGGGAAAAGUACAAUUUUGCUAUCGUGACGAAUGGCAGACCUAAUUAUAUAAGCGAAGGAGCGACGAUUAACAUUAUGGACUUCAGGCCAAACAGUAAUGCAAAUCUGUCCCUUCCAGACGCAACGGGGCGGCCCUGGCUCGGCCUCGAGCACAUCAACAAAACGCCGAAGCGCUCGCGCGUCAACUACCUCGAAAAGGCCAUCAAGAUCUACAACUGAGACACUCCCUGACUUCGCCCCCUGAUACACACGACUAGUAAAAUACAUUUUACUGCAUUCGAUACGUUAAUAAGUUAUUUACUAGAUUUUUCAUCGAUCCGCUGACUAAUUUAUGACGUCAUAGGGUAAGAACGCAUUAUUAUUUUUAUCAAGAAAAUUAUAUUGCCCAAUAUCCCAAAUAGAAUUUUUAGAUCCAAUCAUAAUUAACUAAGAUAGAAGCAUUUGCAAUAAGGUGGUGAAAGAUUGCACGUCGAAUUUUAGAAAGAGAUAACUGUCUCGUAGUGUUGUCUCUGUCAUUGAGACCGAUAAACGUCACACAUGAGUGUGAGAUACGACGUUCUUCAAAGCCAAAAUCUCUUUCUAAAGUUCGAUAUGCAAUCUUCCCUGCCGGGUAACUGGAUGGAGAUGUGACGUCACCACCAUUAGGUGUGAGAUUGCGAAGGAGAUAAUGAGAUUUAUCCCACUAUGUUCCCGUUCUCGCUCGCGCCUUACACAUUUUUUUUUUCACAGAAAUAAUUUAAAAGCAACAGCAAAUAUAAUUAAAUCUAAUAAUCAAUAAGUAAUUAUUAUUUUUUUGCUGUUGCUCAAGUCAAAAUAAAACCGACAAGGAUACCCUAUUUAUAGUUUAUUUUUCCUAAUAACUUGAUGUUAACAAUUUUUUUUCUUUUAACGUAUUUAAAUGAAAUUUUAAUGUAAGAGCCGAGUUUAAAAAUAAUCUUAUUUAUCUCUAGGCGAUUACUAGUGCUCAGUGAAUUGUGUAUUAUUAUUUAUUAAUAUGCUUUCAUAAAAUUGACCCGAAUAUGAAUAUGAAAUGGAAAUCAAGCAAUAAAAUGCUACCUUAGGUACAUGAAUUGAUUAAUAUGAUUUGUAUUAAAUUAUCUAAAGUAAAGUGGAAUGUAUAAAUGACAAAAUAUUCACCAAUAUAAUAUUAAACGAAUUCCUAAGAAUAUAAUAUAAUUUUUGAAUUUCAAACAAAACAAUAAAUUUAUGAAUUGAUAACUAUGUGAGCAAAUAUGGUUUGUUUAUAAAUACCUACCUAAAGUUAUAUAAAGUAAAUGAUAAAAGUUUCACUAAUUUAAUUUUUGAAUUCUUAACAAUUAUUGAUUUACAUGUUAUGUAUAUUUUGAAUAAAGCAAUGGGGCCUUUUAAUUUAUUAUUUGGUUCUUCCAUCCAGAUCUAUCCAGUAUGUAUUUGAAUUGUUUGCAUUUUUUUCAAUAUGUAUAACCAAUUUUUAACCAAAUAACAAAGUUAAUAAUUUAUAGUACAUUGUGAUACGAAGGCGGUAAGUAGACUCGCGACGAUGGUAAACCCUCGCCUGCGGCUCAGGCUUACAAAUGUCAACUCGUUUGUAAUAACAUGUGCAUCAUAUGAUGUUUUUCAAUACAGUUUUGAGAAAACAGGUAAGUAAACUCGAGUUCAAAAAAACCAAAAGACUAUUUUGUGUGAAAUGUAUUAGAGAAGCAGGCGUUAUUCUGCCAUAUACAAGGAACCAAAAACUUAAUUUGCUAUGAUCCGCCAAACCAACGAAAUCUGUAUGGUGCACAGCAGCAGAGUGGUGUUAGAAUUUGUGUGGUGCUGUGUACCUAUUAUGUGAUUUCCGCCUCAUUCAAAAUAUCGGGUGGAGUUAAUUCCAUUUUAUUUUCUACCUUAUUAUUGUUUUAAUCCAUACUUGAACCCUUUAUACUUAAAGUAAAAAAGAAAAACUACAAACUAUAAUUUAAUUAAAAUUGCAAAAUGGCAAUGUUUAAUAAAACGCUCCAUUUGGAAAUUAUGUAAAUAAUAAAACUCCUUGCUAGAAAACUUUUUUUAAAUAAUUAGUGUGGACUUACCGAAUUUUAAAAAAUGCAAAAAAAGCACUCGUGUUGUAAACAAAUCAUGAUAACUAGCAUUGAAAGUGCAUUUUACAGCAAAAAAAUCGCACUUGUGUGGUAAACUUAACUUACAAGCCAUGUUUACUAGUAUUAAAGUGCAUUAUAAUAUGAGCAACUGUAUUGAAAAAUAUUUUAUUAUGUAUACUUACCUUAAUCAUUUAAUUUAAUUAAUAUGAAGAUAAUUUAGUUACACCACCAGAUAUUCAUAUUUUUAUAUAGUACCGUAACAAGACAAAAAUCCAGUAAGAUAUAUUUCACUAUUUUGUGAAGGAAACUGUAUGAAAAAAUGUAUUUUACUGUCAUGGUCCUUUUGAAUUAAUAUACAACAAUGAUAUAUGUACAUCAUAACAUCAAUAUUUAAUAGUUUCCUUACUGCUUUGUUCUUUGUGUGUGGCACCAUUUAUUAAUAAUAUGCCAUGCAAUAGUCCAGCUAGCAGAAACCAUAGUAAAUAUUAUAUUUAAUUUAUCAACUUGCAGCAAACUUGUGUUUUUUUUAAUGUCUGUGUCACUUUUGGUUAUUAUUUAUUUAAUAUUUUCCCUCUAAGAAGUAUCCAGUUUAGAACUAUUUUCUAACAUUUCGAUGUGCAAAAAGUUCUGUAUUUUUAAUUUUAUUUUGAGUAUAUGACUUGUUUACAAAGCAGAAGAAAGCUGUCAUGCUGUGGCAAACGUGUACGACUACAUUAUAAUAACAUGCUUCUCUUGAAUAGAUGGAAGGUUUUGGUAAUUCGUCAAAAAAUCUUUUAAAUAUUAAAAUACAUACCCACUGUUAGUAAAUCGUUGGUACUCACUCGAAAUAUAUGAUGAUUCUGUGCCCUUGUGUAACUUUUCAAGUUUAACGUGGUAUGUGUGCUUGCGUAAAUCUGUAAUUUAGGCUGAGAUUUAAAGAGAGUGCUUUGAAUUUGCUCAGUCUUAAGACAGUUGAAGAAGACACAUUUUUGUCCCAUAAAUCUAUCUUGGUCUAACUCCAAGUAAAGUCUGGGCAAAGUCAAAGUACUCUUUACAGGGUUCAGUCUUAAAGUGCGGACGAGCAUGACUUGAUUUGACAUCUCCAUAAUAUAAUUUUAGCAGGUUAGAUUAUGAAAUUAUUGUUUAACUGGCCUUAUUUUUGUAUAAUAUGAUUAUUUAUAUGGAUUAUGCUAUUAAUAUGUAUUAUUCAACAUGAGAUUUUGACAAUGUUUAUCUUAAUAUAGAAUUGCUAAAAUUAAUUUGGUAUUGAAAUUAUGAAUUAAAUCCUCAAGUACUGGAAAGCGUGUUAUAGUUAAUAAUAAUUGUAUGGUAUUAUUUUGCAGGUACAAAUUUAUUUAUCUUAAAAUCUUCGUAUUUUCUUUGUAUGUUUAAAUCCCGAUUUUUUUAUUAUUGAUGAAAUAUUAUAUUAUUGUGAUAUCAAUUUAGAGUGUGUAGUGGCAGUGGUGCUAAUUCUGUAAUAAUAUUGUCUCUAAUCUUAAAACUAAACCGUUCUAGAUUUAGUGCUGUCCUUUUCGUCGAGAGCAUCGUGAAAGCGAUAGCAAUAUAUUAUUUAGACCUGUCAUUUCAGUUUAGAGAUUGUAUACGACCUAAUAAAUCACCAAUGUUUUAGUAAUUAAUAAUUAUAAAUCAUGGUUUAGAGAUUUUUUUUUGUUUUUAUGCAAGUCAAUGUUGAAAAUUUCCUUGGCACUUUGUAAUAUAUUUUUACAGUAAAAUAAUAAUUGUAAAUCAUAAAAUGUUUUUUUGCCGAAUUACCAAAUCAUACACGCUGAUGUAUUGGAAAUAGCUGUGACAAAUUAAAUCUAUUAUUAAGCACUAGCAACAUACAUUUACACAGAAUGAAACAAGCACCGCAACUUUAAUCCUGACAAAAGCCUUCAUGUUGGAGCAUGUAUUUAUAUACGUUACUAUUUAAUUUUUUUACCUGCCAGAGAAAUGUUACAUUAUUACUAAGUGAUUAUUUCGAAAUUAUGUAUAUAUAUGAUGAUGUAAUAAAUUAGGAAAAAAUACGGUAAGUUUUCGUAAAGAUGCCUUAAAGUUUUAAGACAUUUUUAGUGAUUUGCGAUACUAAUUUAUACCCUUAUCAUUUUAUUUUAUGACAAAAUUAGUAACUUAUUCACAUUGUAUAAGAGAUUGUCUCAUGUGGAAGAGUUUUUAGCGCAUCAUUUUGAGGUGUUUUAUGAUUUUUACAUUCUAACAAUGUGUGUCGGUUGCGCUAUUUGAUUAACAAGGUUUGAGGUAUUUUGAGACAAAAUAAUACAUAGUGGCUUAAAUAACUUGCCGAACCUAAAAUAGGGCAAAUGGGAUUAUAGACUUAGCUGAAUACUUAUUGAUCCAUCUAGAACCCCAUGUACACAGCUUGUACGCAAACUAUUGGGACUCGUUCCAAUGUUUGUAAUGUUGGAUUUUGAAUGUUUCUCUGAAUAUAAUCCUAUAUUUGUUUA